AACUUAUUCCCAGAAAAAAAAGCUAAAUAUUUUAUUGAAUAUUUAUUCUGAACAAAUGUUAACGCCAACAAAAUCGAUCAAAAGUGAAUGUUCUGAACUUGGAUCAUUUGAAGUUCUUGUGACUUUGAAGAUACUUGCUGAUGAAACUGGGAAGGAAUUAUGGCAAGAAAUUUGUUUAAUGACUGAAAGAGAAACUAUUGGAAAAAUGGUUAAAAUUGCUCAGGAAAAGUUUAUGCCUGCAGAAUAUUUAAAGAAAAACCUCAAAUUACGUAAUGUCACCGUCUUCUCAACGCGUUUUGGUUUGGAAGUUAGUGUCGCACCGGAUGGACAAGCAACUGACGGGGCAAAGUACACUGCAAAUUUUUUGAAUUCUACUGAUCUGGUAGAACAUACUGAAGAUCCCAGGUCAAGUAGUUCUAAAUACCAAAAACUUCCUCAGGAUAAAAUUAAGAAUCUUGCCGAUGUUGAUAAGCAAUAUUCUGAGAAGAUGGAUCUUCUAAUGAAAACUGAAAGAGAUUUACUUAAGGCGAAUAAACAAAAGAAAACAGCUUUAAUUGAUUUAGAACAAGCUGAAAAAGAUUUGAAAGAAAAAUUGGAAGCAACAAAAGAUGGACAACGAAUUUUGGAUAAACAGGCAAAAGAUGUUGAAUUGGCUAGAGAAGAGAAGAAACGUUUAAUUAGUGACAUUAUACAAUUGGAAAGGGGCAAAAAGGAUUUGGAUGUCGAAAUUAAGGCUCUAAAUGAGAAGAUGACUAAAAAGACUAAAGAAAUUGACAAAUUGAACAAGGAUUUGGAAAAGCUGGAAAAGAAACAAAAAGGUAUGCAACAUCAAAUGGAAGUUUAUAAAAAUGAAUUAGAUAUUGAAUUGGAUGGAAUGAAUAAAUUAAAUUCGACAAAAGAAAAAACAAAUUCUGAAAUUGAAAAUUUAAAAACAGAAAAACAAAAAUACAAAAAAUCUGUGGAUGAACUGAAAAAAAGUGAAAAAGAAUGUCGUCAACGUUUGGAAAAUUUACAGGAAGAGGAAAGGAAUUUUUAUUUGAUGUUGAAUGAAUUGAAAGAGCAAAUACAAGUGGAAAAGUUGCAAUUAGAGGAUAAACAAGUUCAACAAGAAAAUAAUUUUGGACAAAAUUUUGAUCAAAAUAAUAAUGAUUUUGGACAAUUAAACCAAGAGGGAUUUAAUUCUCAGAAUAAUCAGAACUUACAGUCUCAACAAAUUGAUUGUGGUGGAGAACAACAGAGAGGAGGAGGAGAAGGGAGAAAUGAAUUUGAUAAAGAAGCAGAAAGCUCUCAUCAAUCAAUUCCUCCAUUUACUGUCCAAUGCAAUUAUUUCAAUGCCAGUGGAAAUUGUUGGAAAGGAGACAAAUGCACUUUCAUUCAUGACCUAAAUUUAGUAAGAGGACGAAGCAGAGCUAGAGAUUUUGAUAGAGACUAUAAUAGACCUGGAUCUGCUAUAUCGCCAGAUUUUAAACGGGAACGUCGAGAGGCUGUGGAGAAAUUUAGAGAGGAUCAAAAUGCUUCAUCCUCAUCUUACUUUGGCCAAAAUUAUAUGCAAGAUCGAAAAGUUUAUAUUGAAAACGAACAGUUUAAUAUGAAUCUGGAGCCAGGAGAAUUAUUCAGUUAUGUUGAUAAUGGACCUAUUUUUAGUGCUCAAGGAUGGGCACCGCCACCUCCUGUAUUGAAUGGACCGCCACCGCAAAUUAGUCACGAUGCAAUACAACCAUUAAAUCCUGUAUUGCCUAAUUCUGUAAACAAUGAUUCCUUUGGAAAUAAUCAGCAAAAAUAUGAUUCUCCUGUAAGACGUCCACCUCUUAGACGGGCGCGACCCCCAUCACGUAAACGAAGUCGUGGGGGUAGUAGUAUUAAUAAUAAAAGAUUAAUUGGUCGGAAUUAUGGUAAUAAUAGUUAUAAUAAUAUAAAUGGAAAAUCUUAUGUUCUUGAUAAUAAACAAAAAGGUGGACGACAAAUGAGAAAAGAUGAAAGGUCAAGCAAUAAUAAAAAUAUUUCAAAACGUUACAAUGUUAGCCCUUUGAGAGAAAAUACUAAAACAAGUUCGUCAUCUGGAACGUAUGGUACUCGUCCUCAUAGUAUUGAGUCGUCCAUUAUGAAUAGAAUUACAAUAGACGAACCACCAAGUGUUGGCAAAGUAUCGUCUAUACAUUCGAGAUUGUCUUUUGAAAAUCCAUGA